AUGUCUGGACCGCUCCACCUGAAACUCAACUGUAUUGUCUUGGGUGAUAAUCCUCGCCAUAUUUUCCCGGUCGACAUUGAGCGGACGGAGAUUGUUGGUGACCUCAAAGAGGUCAUCAAAGACAAGAAAAGGCCAGAGUUUGACCAUAUUGCCACUGACCGUCUUGAGCUAUGGAAGGUCGACCUGCCCGUUGACGAGAUGAUUGAGCACAAUCUCAACAAUCUUACACUGGACCCAAUGAAAUCGCUAUCACCUGUGGAUGAAAUCAUUGAGAUUUUUCCCGAUGCUCCUCCGCGCGCAAUGUCUUCUGGACCGCUCCACCUGAAACUUAACUGCAUUGUCUUCGGCGAUGAUUCUCGCCAUAUUUUCCCAGUCGACGUUGAGCGGACGAAGACUGUCGGUGACCUCAAAAAUGUUAUCAAGGUCGCCAAGAAGCCAGAGUUUGACCAUGUUGCCGCCGACCGUCUUGAGCUAUGGAAGGUCAAGAUCAAUUUGAAUGAUAUAGACUUACGGAACGCGAUCAUAGACGGAGGCGUCGAGCUGCACCCGUUAACCGAGCUGUCUGAUGUGUUUGCGGAUGGAAUAGAGCGCGGAUGUAUUCAUAUCGUCGUAAAACAUCCUGCCGUUGCACGACACAUUCCAGCUGUUGAUCGGCGAAUCGUGUUACAGGGAUCUGUAACACCUACUAGAGCCCCAGCUCUCCCUACGCCUGUCCCCGCUCUGCUAGACUCCCCGCGCGGCGGUGCGCCGCCUGCGCCUAGAAAGACAGCGGUCUGGACCGCUAUGACCCCGCCCCCUGGCGCUAUGACCCCGCCCCUGGCCUAG